GCUUGCCCGAACCGGCCAGUUCCAGCGGGGCUGAUGCCCCCGGAAAUGAGACUGAUAUCCUGCGUGAUGGCGUCGGACUCGUGGUCGCGCCUGCUGUUAUCACCCGCAUCGCUGGGGAAGGCGAACCGCACUUUUCGAAGUGGGGGAGUUGCUGGUUGAGCAAGGACAGGCUGAUGAGACGGUGGAGGCGGCUGGGGAUGCUCCAAGUGUUCGUCAGUUGGCGAAUAUGUCGAGUACGCCUCAGGCCCACGGAGCAUGUUGCGGGCAAUGUACAUGUCUCGACGCAGCAACUCUUUCCUCAGCUGCUCGGUUUCGUGUUUAGCCUGGCCGAGCUCGGUGUUGAUGGCUUUCAUUCUCUUUUGCGCCCGGAGGAACUGGGCGUGUAUGACCCACCAGCCGAUUGCGAAAGAAACUGCCACAACGACGACGGUGACCCCAAUGACUGCAUCAGGCACGUUCCAGUGGUUUCCGCUUGUAGGCGAGGGCUGAGGCUCUGUCGCUGGCUCCUGGCGUGGAUAGUGGGUGGGGAUCCUGUGGGCGAACAUGUUGUCGGCGGCAAGACUUGGGUUGUUUCUAGUCACUGUUUCCAGUCACUGUUUCCUGUCAAGUGCGGCUGUGGUGGUGGCUGGAGGAUCCGAGUGCGCUCGCUUGGGUUUAAAUGGAGCUGACGACAUGGCUGUUCACGAGACGAGGGUCUCAGAAUUAGGGUAAAUAAUAAGACCAAAAGUAUAGAAGACAAAGAAGUGGAAGUCAAGACAAUUGCCUUGGUGUUCAGUAAGGUGGCUCCUUACCAAGAGCCCAAACAAAGAACUUGCCUAGACACCAAGUCAACUCCUAGAACACGGCCCUUUAUAACAAUGGAUAGCGCACCGCCGCCGUCCAACUACUAGGACUAGGUAGCGUUCACGAUAGUUUAAUAAUCCCCAAAUAUUUACCAGCGGGAGACUUUCUAAGAUAUGGAAAGCCUUGGCACUCUACGGCUUGUUCAAAAGAAUUUCCGAGAAAAGAGGCGGUAACUCUUAGAACGCCUAGUCUAGAAUCCUCGAGGCGUAUUGCUCUCUUAGAAAUACUAUCCAAUUAGCGAUUUGACUCUAGACGUAUCGAUAACUCUUAUUGAGAUACCAUGCCUAGAUACGUUACUUUGGU